GGGGUCAGUGUUUGGCAGGUUCGUCCCCUGAGGGUGUGUAUGCGAGAGAGACUCGCUAAGCAACGACCUAAAAAACGGGCAUCCGAGCCACUCCAAGCAAAAACAGGAACCACAUUUUUUUCGAGUAUCUUUACAAUGUCUCCAACGGUAAUUCUACAGCGUUUGCUUUGAUUUCAUCGAAGUUGCUGUCUCUCCAGACGUCGGCUACAGAAACGAAACAAGAAAUUAAUGCAUCUUGCUCCGCGUUCCUGUUUGUUUUGACCUGUGUAGCUAGAAAGGAAUCCUGCAACAGGGAUUAGCGGUCCGUCAAUGAGGAACUACCGGCUCAUCUUCUGCCACAACCUAAAGCAGCCAUAGAUGGUUUGGUGGUUCACUGGCUAGGGGAGGAGAGGACACACACUUUCACUGCUACACGACGUGAGGGCCUUGGCGGGGUUGUGGUGAGGAGGAGAAGGCAAUGAGGAAGAGUGUGUCUCCGUUGCCAUGCAACGAGGGCGGUAGCUCAGCCAGCACCACACGUGUUUUUGGCGUUCCUUUGGAGGAGGUGACGCGCACACACACAAUCAGUGGCCAUGAGGUUCCUGCACUGGUGAAACACAUUGUCGACUACAUUGAGGAGCAUGGUCAUCUGGACCUGGAGGGGCUCUUCCUUGUUAAUGGCAAUGCAGAGCGUGUGGAUUGGCUGCGCCAGCGAUAUGAUAGCGGUGAGGAGGUGGAGCUAGAGAAAGAGGCAGACCUGGCUUCAGUGGUCAGUUUGCUCCGACUUUUCCUGCAGGAGCUUCCUGAGCCAGUUAUCCCAACAGCGAUACAGGGGCACAUUCUACAGCUACACCAAGAUUACAGCAAUGAAGAGGAUCUGUGUAGAAACUUGAAGUACCUGCUGCAGCAGCUUCCCCAGCUGAACUACGGGCUGCUGCGUUUCCUGUGCCGCUUCCUGGCCAGUGUGGCUUCACUUCAGCAGGAGAGUUGGAACAUUGGGACACUGGCUGCUGUCUUCGGACCAGACAUCUUCCAUCUGUCAACAGAAGGAGAGGACCUUCGAGACCAGGAGUCUGUCAGCAGAGUUCUGGCAGAGCUGUUGGACAACCAGGAUGGCCUGUUUGACUCCGAGGACGACGACGUCUCCACCACCAACGACUACAGCUCCAUCAAUGAACAGAUCACAGAGCUGUUAGACGAUGAGAAGUGCGAGGCCGAAUGUGAAGAGCUGCCUCAGGAUGGAGAGGAGGGACCUGCCUCCUCUGACUCACCACAACACACACACACUGUUGAAUGCACCACAGCUAGCUCCCACCUCUCUCCUAUAUCCAUUAUGCCUGCUGACUCUGCUGAGAUAAUCCAGCGAACCAUCAGGGCUGCAGUGAAGCAGCACUUCUUUGAUCUGAAAACCUCCAUCGGCCAAGACCUCAGCAACUAUGACAGCCAGGGGGUGAGUCCCAAUAAGCCCGCAGACCAGGGUAGCCAUGGAGACAAGGAGCAACAAACUGACCCUGAGGACAGUCCCUGCAACGCAGAAGGGGAGACCCCACUCACGCAGACCGAGAAGCUCAUACAACACAACCAGAAAGACACACAGGAUUCAUUGGACUGUGGCUCCACCCUGGAGGAGAGCUUGGGAAUGGACCUGGAUGCAGAGGCUGUCAGAGAUGCUGAGAACAACAUCAACACUGCCAGUCUGGACGACCAACCCUGUGACAUCAUGGAGCAGACUCAGACUGACACCAUAAGCUGUGAUUCAAGUUCAUACCGCUGUGAUCAGAACGCCAACACCAGCAAGACCAACAUGAACCACCUAUCGCCAUGCCAACCAAACUCUGGCCACAACCCCCACCUCCAACUCUUCCCUGACAGCCAAUGGGAAGCUUCACCCCCCUCACAUCUCCACCUCCCUCCCAUAGAUUUCUCAUGCAUGCAUCUGCAAAAAGAAGGCCAAGACCCCGUCCCUGCUUUCAAAUCCUGGCAGGACGACAGCGAGGGUGGAGAGGCGCAACUCUCCCCGCUGGCUGGCCGCAUGCUUCCUCUCCCCCUGCUGCCCCUGGAGGAGGACGGUGAGGAGGACGAGGAGGAGGGAGGGCAGGAAGCCUCCCCCUCCUCUUCCCGCUCACACCCUCACCUCCUGGCACGACGCUUUCUUGAUUUCGGAGCGCACGGUGCCCAGCGAUUCCUCCAGCCGGACCCGGACGCCAUCUCACCAACCAAAGCCCAGAGGCCGCGGCGGGCAUCAGUUGGCUCCAAAGAAGCAAUGAGAGGAGGAGAUUCAAUGACCCACCAGCUCACCAAGAAGCUUCAGCACCUGAAAAAGAAAAUAAAGCAGUUUGAAGAGCAAUUUGAGAAGGAGAGAAACUAUAAGCCUUCUCAUGGAGACAGGGCAGCUAAUCCCAAAGUCCUCAAAUGGAUGACCGACCUCACAAAGAUCCGCAGGCAGAUCAAAGGACGCCAGCACCACCUUUUACCCAGAAGCACGCUGAGGCACCAGGCUUUGCUCCAUUCAUACAGACGCCACCAUGCUCCCUCCUUCCCUUCCUCCUUCUCCUCCUCCUCUAUCUGCUCACCUCCCCAUCACACACUCACCCCCCUGCUCCACCCCUACUCAGGCCUGAGCUCUAGACCGUAUCACCUCAAUGCCAAACACCGUGCAGAGAGUGAGCUUGGCCCCCAGACUCGUCCUCGGAGCAACACCUUACCCAAGAGCUUCGGCUCCACACUGGACCAAGGCGCUUGCGAUGCAGCAGGAGAGGUGAAGGGUCAGCGUCCCACCAUAGAGGAAACACUGGAGAUUAUCCAAUGCAGGGUCAAAGGGAAGAGGCAGGAGGACGGCUGGCCCGAUGACAUCAAGAAGAUGACCAAGGAGCAGUUGUCCUGUGAGAAGACGGUCCUUCAGAAGAACCUGCUGCACUAUGAGGGCCUGCAUGGUCGACCAGUGACCAGAGAGGAGCGUCUCGUGGUGAAGCCUCUCUAUGACCGCUACAGAUUGGUCAAACAGAUGCUCACUAGAGUCAGCAUCACACCUGUCACAGUGUCCCCUUCCAGUAAGAGGCGAACUCAGACCCUCCAGCCAAUCAUUGAGGGGGAAACCGCUCAUUUCUGGGAGGAGAUCAAAGAGGAGGAGGAGGAAGAGCAGAAAGAAAGAGAAGGAGGAGAAGAAGAUGAGAAGGAGGAGGAGAGGGAGGAGGAGGAGGAAGAAGAGGAGGAUGAGGAGGAGGGAGAGAGCAGCGGUGGGGAGAUGCAGAGUUCUGAUGUCAUCAUGGCCGUCGACUUUAUGACGUCUUCUGACGGAUCAAUGAGCAGCCAGAAGCAAUCCGACCGGCACAGCAAUUGUCCAAUGAGAGCCAAAGUGGAGGAGGGUUCGGGGAAGCUGGCGCUGGACCUGCGGCUGUCCAGCUCCAACGCCUCGUCCAUGCCAGAGCUGCUGGAACAGCUGUGGAAGGCCAGAGCAGAGAAGAAAAAGCUGAGGAAGACCAUCCGAGAAUUUGAGGAAGAUUUUUAUCAGCAUAAUGGAAGAAAUGUUCAGAAAGAGGACCGGGUGCCGAUGCUGGAGGAGUACAGGGAGUACAAGAGGAUUAAGGCCAAACUCCGCCUGCUGGAAGUUCUUAUCAGCAAACAGGAUUCUUCCAAAUCCAUCUAGAUCUAACCCACUUCAGACACCAGAUAUCACCACACACAGCUCUCACCAGUGCAGCGAGGACAUCCUGCCCAGGAUGUCCCAUCAGUCUGUCAGACGUCAUGACACCUGGGGAAGGUUAAACACACACCUCACAUUACUUCACAGGAAGUGCAGACUCAGACUUCAUGGUCUCUACUCGGUGUGCUGGAUUUGUGUCAUGGAGAAAACACCAUUAGAGUGACUUGCUGGUUCAGAGUUACAGUACAGUAUGUCAUAAUUUAGUAACAGGCCUUCACCAGUGCAGGGACAUUUCCAGGUAGAUGGACUUAACCUUCAUUUUAACUGAAGAAACCAAAGUAAAGUUAGGGUUCUUGGGUCUGAGUUUCUGGUGGUAUUUUUCAAUGCCGCAGAAACUAUUCAACUAGCACUGACUGGUAAAACAUGAUCCUCAUGGCUGUAGCUGUCUGGGGGGUUCUCUGUGACCAGUACAAAAAUGUAAUUAGUAGGCAAUAAUUUAAUGAUGAUGACUGUGUUGUCUCGUGGUGUGUAAACAUUACAUCUCAAAUGGUUUUUAAUACUUAAUUCCUCUACUUUGCCAAUUCUUUGUGACGAAAAAGUAAAAAAAACUUUUAGCUGCUUUUUGUAGUUGCUGAAGAAAGCCCCAUUAAUGAGCGAUAUGCAUUAAAGCAUUGAAAAAAUCUUUAAGCAAAUUUUAAGCAAUUUGAUGAUCAUCAAUAUGUGACUACAUAUAUUUAUUUGCUUGUGAAUUCAAAAUUCAGUGUGAACUUAUUGGGUCCUUUUGCUAGAACUCUGAGUUUAAUUGUCCACUUUAUAUAUGAGAUAAAAGGUGCAUUUUUCAGUGAUCUUCCCAUGACAUAAAUGCAGCACCACUACCAACUUCAAAUCACUCCUGUCAGCCACGACUGCUGCCUCGUCUGACUGCAUUUCAUCCAACAUGGAGGGAAAAGAAUCAUUGUCUUCAUCACCAACUUGACUUAAGACUGCACUUCUCUAUCUUGUUUCGUUUCCACUUCUUCUGAAAGAGAAAAAGACAUUCAGACUUUUUAAUUUAAUGAAACUUUCUUUUCUCAAUGUUUUUGUUCUUUGUGUUUUUUUUUCCUUCAUGCUGAGGAAAAUUAUCGGACAACUCGAGGACUGGCAUUUUUAGACGCUCUUCACUCAAGACACUUGUUCUUUCUUUGGGACGUCCCACUGUGUGAAAAAUCCCUCUUUUGCCUCUCUUUAUGGAGUCACAGUUGCUUAAAGCAGUCUUCUUGGUGCGAGGCAAUCGGUUAUUUUAUUCUGUCACUAAUACUCUGUUUAUCGUCCUGGAGGCUUCACACCUUCGGACUGAUUUUAAAAGUUUAAAAACAAGUUUGUGAGUGUGUUCUUGUUAUAAAAAAAGUGUACACAUACAUGUUGGUGAGACACUGCUGUUCACGUUUUAUUCUUGAAUGAAAAAGAAUGUGUUGUAUUCUGAGGAAAAAUGAAGAAAAAAAAAAAAAAAUUAUGAACUCCCAGUGUGACCAUGGAGCUGUUUGUGAAAGACUGAUAUUCCUUUUCAUUUAUUUCUAUUCUUUAGGGUUUUCUUUGUUUUUUGUUUUUCUAUUUUGGCAAUAUUUGUCAGUUGAUGUACACAAGAUUGGCAACUCUGAACUUCGUUUCCCUCUUGGACGAUAAGAUGUUGCUUUUAAGUCGUUGCAAUCGACUUGUUUUGGGGAUUUUAAUAUUUCUGACGGCACUUAAUGGCAAAAUUAGACUGAAGAUGCUCAUAGCAAACAGUCCUACUCACAUUACAAGAUUUUAAGCUGUAGAUGGAUAUGGUUGUUUCAGAAAUCAUCUGGAGAAUUCUUCUUUUCUUUGUUUUUCACUUGUCUCUUCACUUGUUCCGUUUGCUGCAAGGAGUUGUGGCAGGACUUUAUUAAUGGUGAUGAAUGCGUAGGAGAGGAGUAUCUGGUCCUCGUUGCUGCAGUUUCUUUGAAACCAAAACCAUGUUGGCUACAGGAAGUGGCAGUAUGACCAAAUUUGGUAUCAGAGCAGUUAGACAGAGAGUUUUCCUGAAUAUUAAUAUUAGUCAGCAGUUGCUGUGCGGCUGAUGUGACUGUUACUGAGUAACUGAUUUAUCUCUGGUGGUCCUUUGGUUAAAGUUUUCUUGUAGCUGUAUUGUGUCGAUGAGGUGCCAAAACUGCCAAUUCUGAUUUUAAUCACAGAGAAGCGACUCAACCAAUCUCUGUGGUUAACUGAUAUUUUUCCCCAACUGGUAGGUCAGUGCUAGGGCUCUGAUUAGCACUUUAGCAUGGUGUCCACAAUGCUGAGGGAGGGAAGAAGCUUCAGUCCUUGGCAAUCUGCAGUCCCAUUGAAGUAUAAUUUCCUGCUGGCAGGUCAAAUGACGGCAAGAGAGGAGAAAAAAAGGGGGAUGAGGUUUAAUGCAUGCCAACGAGCGUGUCCUCAUUUUUCUUCUUCGUAGAGGCCAUGUUGUCAAGUAUGAGACAGAAGUCAAGAUGUCACAGUAGGAUUUGAAAAGCGGAACGAAGAAAUUUCCAACAAUCGCUGAGCUUAAGCUCUAGCUGGUGAGUGAGUAAAUUAGCAGAAACCGCCUCAAUACUUGUGAGAUGUUUCAGGCCGAUAAGACAAAGUAGUGCUUUUCUCUGCUGAAUCAUUUACCUGUCAGUGGACGGCAGAUGUGUUGGUUUGAAAACAAAGUUUUGAAUGAGUCAAGAGUUUUGUGUUUGUGUGUGCUUGUGAAGAAUAAGAGGGAGGGUGCGCUGUUUGUCAGGACGGUAAAGUUUGUAGGGUUGAUGUAAAAAGAUGUUAUUUGCACAGCAUUCACGGAAUGCAGCCCUGUGUUUUUUCAUUUAUUUCUAAAAAUGACGCACUACUUCUAUACAAAUAUAAAUAUGUACUGUACAUAACAAAAAAAAACACCCGAAGGAAUGAAUGUCAGAAAUGUUUAAAUUAUUUAAAACAUUAUGUUUGGCCCCCUUUGGUUAAUUAUAUUUGUGACGCCCUGAGAAUGUGUUAUUUUUAUUAUUAUAAAUAUUGCUAUUACUAUCAUAACCAUUUUUUUGUGUGAUAAUGACAAUAAUAAUCCUUUUGUAUUUACUCACAAACUGUAAAACCAGCUGUAGAAUUUAGUCGGGCCCUGUGUGUGGCUAAUCAAACCUGAAUCUGCUCUGUUUCCUGAUUUAUUUUUGUCGCUCUGUGUGAUAUAAGCUAAUAGAAGCAGCACUGUAGUGAGCUUGCAUGGCAAAAGAGAACAUAAUAGUAUGAAUAACAUGAUUCAUUGUUUAUAUUAUUUGUGCCAUGAAGAAGCAGCAAUAAUAAAAGUUUGCGUGGAGGUUUU